AUGAAGACCACUGUCGUUGCUGUUGCCGCCUUUCUGGCCACUGUUUCUGCACAGUCCCUGUGUGCUGUCGACUGCUUCCAGUCCGUGGUUACUGAGCAUCCUCCGCUUUCCUGCAAGGAGGCCAGUAUGUACCUUUGCUUCUGCAAGGGCAAGGACCUCCAGAACUAUUUCGCAGAGUGCGCUUACUCCAAGUGUGGUGACAAUGCCCAAGAUGCAGUCAACUUUGGUGUUAGUCUUUGCAAAGACAUGGGUGUGCCCAUCGACCCUCCUACCCGUCCUGUGAACCCGGCUACCAGCCAGGCUCCUGCCGUUACCACCCCAGCCACGACCAGCAAUGCUCCCGUUGAUACCGCUGUCAAGUCAAGCCCCGAGAACGAUGUGACGACUAUCUUGAAUGCCGCCUCGACUGCCACCUCUGUUGCCGCUUCAGCCGUGGCAUCAACUGUCGUGCCGCCAGUACAAGGUCACUCCUCACAGGCCUCGUCCACCAUUGCCACUGUUACCCAGCAGCCUUCUCAAACCACCAACCAGACCGCAGCUCAGCCAACUUCUUCUGGUGUUGUGACCGCUGCCGGCGUGAACUUGAAACUUGGCACCGCCAUGUUGGGUGCCAUGUGUGUUGGAGCUGCUGCUGUCCAACUCCUCUAA